CUGUCAUCCGAAAAUGUCACAGUAUUGAAAACAAUUUUAUUAGCAAGUUCGAGUGUAUUUAUUAUGGCAAGUUCAAAAGAAUUCCUGGGUUUGGCACCAGGUGUAAAUGUGCUGUGUACGGUACUAGCUGGGAUUCUAUGUUUGGGGUUCCUAUCCAUCGAUGUGGCGGGAUAUCGUCUGGAUGACUUUGUUCUUGCGUUGCACCUGAGCUACCUGGAGCAGGGACCACGUUCGUUUGCCCCAGAAUCUUGGGAGCGGGGAACCAACAUCAUGGUAGGUCUCUACAUGCUUAUCCUUUAUAUGGUGUUCCGGCUGAGGGAGCACAUGAGGCUGCAGAACGUGAAGGAUAUUCGCCGACAGCUGGAGUUCGAGGACCUGUUCCGAAUGGAGACGGCGUUCAUGGAGAAGCUGCGAUCCCAGGGCGUCGAGCUGGAGGAUCCCACCUUGGACUCGACCUGCACAUAACCGCCAUAAUCGCCUCAUUCAGGAGCCAAUCAAGUAGCUCGUUAAUGCCACCGGCAUGGACAAUGUUAAUGCUGGAUUUAGAGUGCGAGUACACAUAUAUAGAUUGCACGGCUUGAUUGCUCAGAAUUGAAUUCACCAUUCGCCCGCCGAGCCGGGCGCUUCACCUACACAGCUCAAUUGCCCGACAAGUAAAAUAUAAUCCUCCUCGGCCGAGUUGAACGUGCCCGACCAUACGCCACUUAUACUACACGUACAGUAUGUUUACUCGUACUACGUACUGGCUUAGCAUGGAGGCCGGCGGCCGUACACUUCCAAUAGUUCAUUGUUUGGUUCUGCACACGAGUGUAUUUUUGUCGCGCACUAUGCCCCUGCUAUCGCCACCGAUUGUGUGCACUUUUUCGGUGUGAAAUAAAUUGUAAAUGAUUUUAUUAAAA